ACCCUUUCCAGAAGGGAGUAUUAAACUGAAAGGAUCAGCCAGUAAAAAUCUGGAGAAUAGGUGUUAAGAGGGAAAGUGUCUGUGUGACCCAGGUCACUCAGAUGAGUAUGUUAUAUCACCCUCCUCCUGCAGUGGCUGCUCUGCCUCCCUGAGCUGAACUGGGCUGUUAAAGCCUCUCGGCUCAGCCUCUUUGGCAGCAGCGCUGUCAGGCAGAGCGGCUUGAUCUCAUUAAGGAUGUUUAUUUUCGGUGCUUGAUUCUUCCUCGGGUCUAAGAGGGUUAGAGAUUCCUGAGGUAUGCUCUCUGUCUGCAGAGUCACCUCAGCCUGGAUGCCGGCUGCUGCUGAAGCCUGCCGGCCUCACCACCGACACCACGGACUUACCCCUGAAGGUCCAGGACAAAGACUGCAGCUCAUUUACCAUUUCUGAGGACGUAAGGGUUUUCCCAUCUGGUUUUCGUUUCUAAAAUCGUAGAAGAGAGUGUAGUUGCCUCGGUGCAACCGUUGGAUCGCACCAAUGGGGAACCACGGCUCAAACCUGGAGGACAUCCUGGCGGAGGACAUGCACCACUGGUACAAUAAGUUUAUGCGAGAGUCUCCGUCAGGCCUCAUCACGCUGUUCGAGCUGAAGGCCAUCCUUGGCCUGAAGGGCAUGAAUGAGAACGCUAACAGCUACGUGGACCAGGUCUUCUUCACCUUCGACAUGGACGGGGACGGCUACAUCGACUUUGUGGAGUACAUCGCUGCCAUCAGUCUGCUGCUGAAAGGAGAAAUCAACCAGAAACUAAAGUGGUACUUCAAACUUUUUGAUCAGGACGGGAACGGGAAGAUCGACCGAGACGAGCUGGAGACAAUUUUUUCGGCCAUCCAGGACAUCACACGGAACAGGGACAUCGACCCAGAGGAGAUCGUCACACUCAUAUUUGAGAGGAUCGACGUGAAAGGAGAAGGUGAGAUGACGCUUGAGGAGUUCAUCGAGGGAGCCAGAGACCACGAGGACAUCAUGGACAUGCUGAGGAAAAUGAUGGACCUGACGCCAGUGUUAGUCAUCAUCGUGGAGGGUCGAGCAGGAUGAGAAUGCAAAGCUGUGUCUGCGGCAGAACCAAAGACUGAAGCAGCAAAACCCAAACUUCACCCCUUUUUGACGAAAGAAAAGACUUGAUCUGCUUCCCUUCUUCUGUUUACAGCUCAGAGAGCAGGACUGAGGACAGGUGCUGUGAUGUCAGACUCUGAUUGGUUGUUCAGACUAAAUCAAACUGCACCUCUCCUCCCCACCUUCAGGUGUCAGGUUUAAAAAUGAACUAAAGAGACCCAAAGACUUCGAUGAGCUUUGUGAGAUCCAACUAACAAAUCCACAUCAGCUGUUUUUCAGAUUAAGAAUCACCAGAGUCCAGACUGAAGACCAACAGAGUCCAUUCUGAAAAUACUUCGUUUAAUUUGAGAACCAGAAAAAUCUGAGUACAGAUUGAAAAUCAUCAAAGUCCAAUCUAAACAAACCAGUCCAAUCUGAGGAUCAGAUGAGUCCAGACGUUAGCAGGUGCUUUGAUGUCAGAAUGUCUAUCAUUGGCUGUUCCAAACUCUGAAAGUCCAACUACACCUCCCCUCCCCACCUCCAGAUGACAGGCUGAAAAAGGAACUAAAGAGACCCAAAGACUUUGAUGAUCUUUGCAAGAUCCAACAAACAAAUCCACAUAAUCUGUUUUUCAGAUUGAGAACCACAAGAGCACAAUCUGAGGACCAUCAGAGUCCAAACUAAGGACCAGAGUCCAGACUGAAGACCACCCAGAGUCCAGUCUGAACAAAUUCAGUUCAAUCUGAGGACCACCAGGGUCCAGACAUCAACAGGUGCUGUGAUGUCAGAAUGUCAGGUGGACUGUGAUUGGCCGUUCCAGACUUUGAAAGUCCAAGUGCACCUCCCCGCCUCCAGGUGUCAAGAGACUCAAAGACUUUGAUGAUCUUUGUGAGAUCCAUUUUUUUUACCUAACUCAAACCUCUGAAUUCUCCACUUUACUCAUUCUUUGUUCCGAUGAACCAAAUACAAAUUGUCAUCGGCAAAUUUUGCCAAUUGUAGGCUACGUCCACAUUACUGUACACUGUAGUUGCUACGGUUUCGUCUGGACCUCUGUGACUUUGUCCUGGUCUUUGCUCUGGAGCAGUUGAUCCUCUCAAUGUUUUGAAGGGCCGUAAAGGAGCAGAAUUACAGACGGUUCCAGCGGCUUCAUAUUUAUAAAACUGGACGAGGAAAUCACAUACCGUGGAUUUGAUUAUAAGAUUAACCAAAUUUCAGCUUUAAAUUUACAGUUUCUGGCAUUCAGUGUAGGGAAGUCAAAAUAAGGUUGAGUAAUCUUUAACAACUCGCUCUGGCACCAUGCCAGUCAAUGCCGAAUCAGACCAAACUGCUAAUUAAUUAGCUAAUUCAUCCUAACCCAGGGUCACCAGAGCAGACGAGGUGAGGUUGAAUUAAAAUCUAACUGCAGAAAAGCUUUAGCUCUGCAUCGAUAGCUCGACAGUUUUGAUUCAUUUAGAAAAAACACACAACCUAAUCUCGUCACAUUACUUUGGUAUUUCCUACAUAAAAACAGCACAGGAGCAUGUCCACACCAGUAGGGGGCAGUACCUUUAUCACGUCACAGUUGCAGUGCAUCCCUACUUGUGGUCAUUACUCCACUCCAGUACACAAACCUGCAUGCUGAGGGGACAACGGAAUCCCACAUCGUCCAGAACACUGAUGGAAUCUCUGAUGGUAAACAAGCGUAGAACCGGAAUUCCUCGUCUGUGGUACCAUAUCAUUUGAUGGCAAGUGUGCAGGACAAGUCCCUCAGCUGACUUUACUCUACUCUAUAUGAGUCCUGACCUAAGCCUGCAGUUGUCUGAUGGUUUCAGAAAGCAGCAUUCAUUCCACUUGCGGAUUCAUGGUCAGUAGCUGGUUCCUGAGCUUCAUCACCGCCUUCUUCCCACGCACAACUCAAGCCGAACAGCGCCAAACUGUAGAUCACUUAAAACUACUAACAAUCCUA